AUGCGAAUCAUUUUAAUCAUUUAAGUGGCAAAGUACUCCUUUUAAUGUAAAAUAAAAAAAUGUAACCGGUUCGACUUGUUUGUCCCAUUGAUUGUUAAAUUUUUCCACUGAUUUCAGAUCAGACACUACGUUUAAAUCUUUUGUCCGGUCGAAUCAAAUCAAAAGUUGUGGUUUCGGUUAUUUUUUGCGAUUUAUAAUUUUUGUUUUAUUCGGUUUUUUAUCGUUGGUGUCGUUUUGUUUUUUAUUUCAUCAGAAAAAAUGUCUCAAACUAAAACAGAAAAAAAUUCUGAUUAUAAUCAAUUACCAACUACUAUGGUUUCUAUGGCAGAAGUUGAUGAGACGAUGCCACCGGGGAUAAUAGCCCUCAGAGUAUUGUUUUGGAUGGUUAUAAAAUCAAUCAACGUCCUGUAUAUACCAGUUAUCAUCAGAAGAGUUUUCACCAAAUCAAGGUCAUGUCCCCCAGUAAAAAACGAACUACUCCUUCUCUCCGCCACUGAGUUAGCCGAACAAAUCCGAAAUCAAAAGGUCUCAUGUGAAAAUGUUAUAAAAGCUUACAUCACACGAAUACAAGAAGUGAAUCCCCUAAUAAAUGCUGUUAUAGAAGAUAGAUUCCAAGCAGCCUUAGAAGAUGCCAAAAAAGUAGAUCAAUUAUUAGCGAACAGUAGUACUAAUAUAGAAGACAUUAAAGAAAAACAACCUUUACUAGGUGUUCCCAUUUCAGUAAAGGGUAGUAUAGAGGUAGCUAAAAUGAAAAAUACCGCAGGCAUGGUAACCAGGGCCAAUGUAGUUGCAGAACAAGAUGCUGUCACUGUCAGAUAUGCCAGGGAAGCCGGAGCGAUACCUUUAGUGACUUCAAAUAUUCCAGAACUUUGCUUGAAUUGGGAAUCAACGAACAAAUUGGUGGGUACCACAAAAAAUCCACAUGAUACGUCCAGGACUUGUGGGGGAUCAUCAGGAGGUGAGGCCAGUCUCCUUGCGACUGCAGGCUCUCUAAUAGGAAUAGGAUCCGACGUGGCAGGAUCUUUGCGUCUUCCUGCACACUUUUGUGGCGUCUGGGGCCACAAACCAACACCCGGAACUGUAUCCAGUGUGGGGCACUACCCUAGUUGUAAGCACGAAGACGUAUGGAAAGCAGCUUUCACUCUUGGUCCCAUGGCUAGGUACGCAGGCGAUCUAAGGCUGCUUCUUCAAAUAAUAUCUGAGCCUAAUUUUAGAAAUGAACUCAGAUUAUUCGAACCUGUAGAUGUUAAAGAACUGAGAGUGUUUUACAUGGAAGACAUACAAUCGGCUCUUACAGGAAAAGUAAACGAAGAAUGCUUAGGAGCGCUCUAUUCCGUUAUUGAGCAUUUUGACCAAAUCUGUCACAUCAGUACCGAGAAGGUUGAUUUACCCUUAAUGAAACAUGCUCCUGAACUUUCAACCCUCUCUCUUCUAGACAUCGACGACGUAGAUAACCUCUUUAAGGGCCGAGGUGAAGGUUCCAUCACUGAGCUCUUCAGAUACAUGACUUUCAGAUCUAAAUCUGUACUCACAGCGAUAUUAUACGGUGUGUUGCGAAAACUGUCAACACACCUACCUAGAUCAACGACCGAAUAUUGUAUUCAAAAAUUAGAAGAAUUAAAAUCAGAUUUCGUGAAGCUUCUGGGAAAAGACGGGGUUUUUGUGAUACCAUCAUUUACAGCUGAAGCGCAUUAUCAUGGAGAUAUUUACCGAAAAGUAUUCGACUGUUCGUAUUUGUCGAUCUUCAAUUCAUUAGGAUUGCCUGUUACUAAUUGCCCAAUUAGAUUUGGAAAAACUGGACUUCCUAUAGGAAUACAAGUUGUUGCUGCGCCAUAUUGUGAUAGGCUGACACUGGCAGUAGCUGCAGAAAUCGAACGAGAAUUUGGUGGAUGGCAACCACCUUGUAAUCAUAAUUAA